UUGAAAAACAGGAGAAUAUUCCUCUUUAUGGUCCAGAGGACCUGGGCUCAGAGAGCCUUGAAACACCUCCUGAAUAUUUUGAAGAAAAAAUUAAACAAGAUGAAUAUUAUAACGAUGAGAUUGAGAAAUUGGAACAAUUAA